UGCCAAACAUGUCAGAGGUAUUUCAUAAAAAAAAAUCAAAAAAUGUCUCAGCACCAACUUCAAUAUACCAGAAAAAAGUAUCAAAAUUAAUCAGUCCGAUAAAGAUGCCUCUGAAAAAGUCUGUAACAACAAUGUGCAUUGAAGCAGGAUUAUUCAUAGCCGCUGUAGUGAUAGCCACACACCUCACUGUCAAUGUGUGGGAGUACUUCGUCUUGAGAUCUGAACUCAGCGAAAUCAAUUCAAGCUUACACAUAUUAAAGGAUACAAUCAGCCAUAUCAGCUCAGAAUAUAAUAAAGUCAACCAAGAAUUACAUGAACUAAAUUCAAUAAACAACAUGGCCACAUAUACCAGUGAAUUUGGAGAAAAGAAUUUACCGAUCUUGCGUAAUGAAAAACUUGGCCCCGUAUAACUAUUAACCAAAUCCUCAACCAACAUUAAGUGUUUCCUUUGCCGAAACACCUAUACAAAAAUAUUUU